AUGAUUUAUUUAAACGUCUUGAUAAAACAAGAAGAUUUUUUAAAUGAAUUUAAUUAUUUGGAAACAAUUCGUGAUAUAAAUCGUCAAUAUGAUCAAAUUGUUUUAACAAAUUGUAUAAUUGAUGAAAGAAUUUUUUUAGAAAAUAAAUUUCAAUUAAAUGACUUAUGUAAUUCAUUAAAUGAAAAUCGAUAUUCAAAAUCUUCUCAAAAUCUAACACCAUUAACAGCAAAUCAACAUAUUACAUCGAAUGAUUAUUAA